AUGGCUUCUUCCAAUGGCACCGCCUCGCGCAUCGUCGAGCUCGCCGCCACCAUCAGCACUUCCGUUGCCAAGCUCCAGCAGAUGCUCUCGGACCGGGGCCUUGCGUCGCCCUCGUUCGACGAAGAAGCCACAAACAACAGGCUCCCCAACGAGGCACACGACGUGCAGGACGCGGUGCUCGAUGCCACGGCCGAGCUGCACGACCUGCUCCUCGAGCCCUGGGCGCUGCUCUUCAAGCACGCCGCGCACAACAACAUGGUGAGCUUCCAGGCCAUCAGCCGCCUCGGCAUUGCCGCCAUGGUCCCGGCACGGGGUCGCGCCUCGUUUGACCACAUCGCCGACGAGACGGGGCUGGACGUGCGGACGCUCCGCCGCCUCCUCCGCCACGCAAUGACGAUGCGCGUCUUUCGGGAGCCGGAGCCCGACGUCGUGGCUCACACGAGCUCGUCCAGGCUGCUGAUGAUGCCGCACUUCAAUGACUGGAUCGGCUGUGGGAGCGACGAGAUAUGGCCGGCCUCGGUCAAGAUGGUGGAUGCCCUGCAGCGAUGGCCGGGCUCCGGCGAGCCAAACCAAACGGGCUUCGCUCUGGCGAACAACACAACCGACUCCAUCUACAGCGUCAUCGACGCAGAUCCGGCCCGCGGCGCUCGCUUUGCCAGCGCCAUGAAGGCCAUAGCAGACAGCCCAGGAUACGAAAUAGACUACAUCAUCGACAACUACGACUGGGCCUCGCUGGGCCCAGCCACGGUCGUCGACAUUGGCGGAUCGCAAGGCCACGUCGCCCUCGAGCUGGCACGCCGCUUCAGGAGCCUCGACGUCGUCGUCCAGGACCUGGGUAAGGUUGUGGCAGGCGCCGAUGCUAGGGUGCCCGAGGAGCUCAAGGGCCGCGUCCGUUUCGUCGCCCACGACUUCUUCGAGCCGCAGGGCGUCGAGGCUGAUGUGUAUCUCUUCCGGCUGGUCCUGCAUAACUGGGCCGACGAGUACUGCAUUCGUCUGCUCAGGGCGCAGAUUCCCGCGCUGAGGCUGGGCGCGCGCAUCGUCAUCCAUGAGACGCUGAUGCCGGAGCCAGGAGCGGUUGCAGUGUGGAAGGAAAGGAACUUGAGAGCGGUGGACUUGAGUAUGGGCGCUCUCUUCAACUCGCGAGAGAGAAGCGUGGGCGAGUGGACCGCUUUGCUUACCCAGGCAGAUCCGAGGUUCAGGCUGAGGCACGUGGCGGAACCACCAGGCUCGGCUUUGGGAAUCAUUGAUGUCUGCUGGGACGGCACGGAGUGA